AAUUGUCAUUUGUCAAUUCUGUUUAGAGUUCGAUCGGGACGUACGUGUUCUAAAAAUAUAAAAUGGUUUAUUAAAAUCUCGCCAAAAAUGUAAAUUGAAUUACUAACAUGAGUGUUAACAUCAUAACAAGAUUACUAGUGCAGUUGUUGGUCUCAUGACCAGUUAACUUGCACGGUGCAUUCAGUAAUACGCGAUGGGCGACGUUGUUAGCUUAUUUUCUGUGAUAAUCAUGAAAUUUAAGUCAAAGUUUAACCAGAGUAAGCUUUUUUUCCACUGCGAUCUGCAUUGGGACAAGCUGAAGUCGGUGAAAUGGAUGAACGCGAGGGCGUCGCCAAAUAGAGCUUACGUCCCCACCACGGUUGAAAACAUAGCCAACGUAUGCACGCACGCGCUAUGCGUCGCGCCGGCGUCGCUCGGAGCGCGAGAGUUGCUCACGCGCUCCGUGAAUGCACCGCAAGCGAUAGCUGCAGUGGUGUACGGAUUGGCGCUGUGUCUUUUGUUCGCCGUGUCCACCACCUUCCAUUGCGUGUGCUGCUGUAAAUCUGAUACCAAGAUGAAGCACUUCCUCCACCGCUGCGACCGCGCCAUGAUCUACAUCUUCAUCGCGAGCUCAUACUUCCCCUGGCUGACCGUCGGCACUCUCUCCUGCUGGAUGCUGCGCGAGCUGAGAUGGGCGAUCUGGCUGCUGGCUAUCCUCGGUAUCACGUAUCAACAGAUCUUCCACGAGCGGUACAAGAUGCUCGAGUUGUUGCUGUACUUGAUAAUGGGGCUGGGGCCGGCGGUCAUCAUUGUUACGUCUAAUCAAUACUUCCCAGCGAUGCACGAUCUCAAGAUAGGAGGGUUCCUGUACCUGAUUGGAGUGUUCUUCUUCAAGUCGGACGGACGGAUUCCCUUCGCUCACGCUAUAUGGCACGUGUUCGUCGCCCUGGCGGCCAGCGUCCACUACCUGGCCAUACUCCGCCAUCUGUUCCCGGAGCUCAAGUCGUAUUGAAGACUGCCCGAUAGGCCGAGAGCUGGUGAAAGGUUUUUCAAGGUGAUUUAUACAGACAAAUUUCUUGAUAAUCUGGUAUAUGAAACGAAUUAGUUCCUGUUAUGUAACUGAUGAGCGGCAUUUAAAACCAUUUAUUUAUUGAUUGACUUUAUUUUUUUUUUAUUUCAAAGUAAUAAUACAAAUUAUACUAUUUGCAAUAACACAGUUCCCACUUUUUUGACAUUAAUUAAUUUGACAUUUAAAUGAAUGAUUGAACGUUUAUUUGCUCACAAUUUUACGAAUAACAAAGUUUAAAAAAAUGCGUCGUGGACAAACAAGUCAACAACAACAUAAUAACAUUUCUGUCGUAUACAUUUUAAAAGUCUGUAAUUAUUUAAUUUUGAGGUUUACAACAGAAAAUACUGUUUUAUUGUUGAAACGUGUGUGAAGGCGGUAAACGUGACUUUACUUUACCUACCUUCCUUCUUGAGUACCGUGAGAAACCAACUUCGAAAGAAAUAUACUCGCAAUGCGUGUUUAUUAAGUAGCAUUCAUAAGCUGUACAUAAAAAAUUUGACUUGUAUAAACAGUCUAAACAUAUCAGUUCACCAUCUCAUGAUCUAUUGUGUAUUUAUUCGCGAUCAACGGGCUCUCUAACCUAUUUUCGUAAACUCGUUAACAAAGGCCACGGUUGAGCCGCCGCGAGAAAUGUCAGAUGUCAAUUGGAAAUUAGCCGCCGGUGUCAGUGUUUGAUGGGAAAAGUCGUUAAGGCGAAUUGAGAUCAGAAUUAAUGCCUUUCUGAGAUAGAAUCGAUUGGAACGUAUUAUAUAAAGGGGAUGAAAGGUUUCAAAAGGGUUAUACAGUUUAAUUAAAGUUGUUUCAGACGUUUGAAAGUAUUGAACAUUUUGUAUGGUCGUUUUUUGUGUAAAAACUAUAAAAACAUUAAAAAAUUAAUAUAUUCUUAAGACAGGCCUAGUGCGUGAUUUUUUAAAUACUACUAGAUAACAUAACUUAUACAAUACUUAGUUGAUAAUAAAAUGGCGUAACAAGUUCGUAAAUAAAUUGCUGGUAAUUAUUCUAACGUUUUAGCUACACCGUCUGCACACUAUUAACUAAUUAUAAAAUGAUCUGCCCUUUUCCAUCAAAGUAAAGUUGCGAUUACAUUGAAGCCAUAUUGCACACGCAUUCGAUGUAAAACCAGCCAUUUUACUUAGCGUGCAGCCAUCCAUGCCGUGCGAAUAACUUAUAUGGGUUCCUUUUAUGCAACUGCUCACAAUGAAUUACAUAAAAAUUUAUAUCAAGUAAUCGCAUUAUAAAUGACGCAUAACCUUAGACUAAUAACCUAUAGACCCGCAACACCUAACAUUUUUUUACUCAAACGUAAGCCACUUCUGUGACUAUGUGAGCGGAAAAGCUAAGCUACGCAAGCGUAUUUAUCGUAGUGUAGCGAUGCGUCAAGGGCUCCCAUUUCGGAGCACAUAAAACGGCAUACUAAUCACACUAUCUAUGUUAUAAAUCUAUGCGCAUAACCUUUAUUUAAAUAAAUAUGAGUUUGUGAACUGGGUGUUUAAAACUUUUUAUAUGUAUAUUGAAGUUUACAAGAUCCAAAUAUAAUCUAAUUUGCUAUUAAUUUUUAAUCAGAGUGGAAUACAAAUAGUAGAUGUCACUGACUUCGUUCGUUAUCAUAGCAGAAUUUUGAUCUCAGGUUCACAGUUAAAAUAAUUUAUUUUCAUUCUUUUAUUAUUUAUGUUAAAUGUUAUAUUAUUAUUAUAAAACUGUAAACCGCAAAAAAAAGUAUUUAUAAUUUCAUUUGUUUUAAAAUUAGAAAAGGACAAUUAAGGAAUAAACAUAUUGAAAAAAAUAUUCACCAUCUCUCGGACUAUGUGUGGUAUUUUGUAGAAUAUUGUUGAAUCUUAUUGUUGUAGUACCUACGUAGCAUCCCAGAAUCUCGAGACCAAAUCCAACCCUUUUUAGAGUAUUUUAAAUUAUAAAUUUAAAAUAAUGUAUUUGGGGUUUUUAGAAACUUUUAUCUAUCUAUAGUCUAUAUAGUCUAUACUUAUACGGAAUCCCGGUUUUUCAGCGAUCUUUUUUAUACACCUCAUGUGAAUUUUUCCUUAGACUAUAUAGUUCCUUAUACAUGUUUUAGUGUAGGUAGUUUUAACUAUAAUGUUGUAUUUUAAUGUGUGUAUUUAAUGGGUACAUAUUGUUAGUCAAGGCUCAACGCCACCAUACAAGAUGCUUGAGUGAAAUCUAAUAUCCAAGUAAUAAUUCUAUCUUGAUCAUUCAUUUUUUUUAAGAAUAUAUGCCAAUUUUUUUUUAAUAUGAUCAAUAUUGCCCUCCAAGUAGUCGAGAAAGACUACCAGGCGUACGACAAUAGACUAACCGUUGACCGUUGAGCUAUUGAGGCGAUAAUUCAUUGUCACAUAAUGGUCAUUUAAUUUAUUAGCGUUUAAAUAGUAAUAUGUUAUAUAUCUCAGCUCUAUAGUCUGUGGAGUGGCUUGAAAUAAGUUACAAUAAUAUGUACCCGUCUUAAAUGGUGAAUAGUGUACUUGCGCAUGUAUAGACUAUACUAUAUUUUUGUGUCGUAAAUAUAAAAGAAAGUAUUCUAAGAAACCAAAGCAUACUAGAUGUAAUUUGGGGAGAGUAUUUGAUUAAAGUUGUAAAUCUCCUCAAAUUAACUUGUUGGGCUCUUAGAGUAAAUGUAGAUGUAAUAAGUAGAUAUUGCUCAAUCGAUUUAUCUUCUUGUUUAUAACAUACUGGGUGACAUUUUGGAUCGUUAUGAAAAAGAAAUCUAAUUACGAUUAUUUAUUAUGUACCUAAAUACCUAUUAUUAUUUUUUUAAGUGCCUAAAUACCUAUCCGUGAGCCGUGAUAGCCCAGUGGAUAUGACCUCUGCCUCCGAUUCCGGAGGGUGUGGGUUCGAAUCCGAUCCGGGGCAUGCACCUCCAACUUUUCAGUUGUGUGCAUUUUAAGAAAUUAAAUAUCACGUGUCUCAAUUGGUGAAGGAAAACAUCGUGAGGAAACCUGCAUACCAGAGAAUUAUCUUAAUUCUCUGCGUGUGUGAAGUCUGCCAAUCCGCAUUGGGCCAGCGUGGUGGACUAUUGGCCUAACCCCUCUCAUUCUGAGAGGAGACUCGAGCUCAGCAGUGAGCCGAAUAUGGGUUGAUGACGACGAAAUACCUAUCACCAACUUUUCAAACAAGAUUUGGUAAAAUUGUCAGUAAAUUUGUAUCUGUAUGCAAACUACUGGUCCCAUAUAUAAUUCAUCUGAUAACAAACUAAUUAAUAAUUAUUACAUAAAAACCAAUUCAAUAACUGCAUUUAUUAGUUAUACAUUUACAUAAUAAAUACUGCUGCUGAAUGCUAAAGAAAAGUAAUUUUCUUUUUUCCCCAAUUGCCCAAAAUUUCUGCCCAAUUGCGUUAUAACGUAGUUUUGCUUUUCAUAAUUGUACUUAUUAAUCAUUCAACAUUAUUUUUUCCUAGCAAUACAAAAUGUCAUCCGAUUUAGACUUCCCACCUGUGGUAUGCUCGAUUAUAAAAAUCUCAUUGAUGUACAAUAUUAAUCAUAAAUACAAUUGAAUAUCUGGGGGUAGUGUUGAGAAAUUGCAUAAUGGUUGAAAAGAAGAUUGUCUGUUCAAUCACUGUGCAAUCUUUCAGUGCUUCCCUAGACGCUCAACAUAUUCUGUUUCGUCUCUCCAUUUUUAACCGACUUCAAAAAAAUGGAGGAGGUUUCUCAAUUCGACCGUAUAUAUUUUUUUUUAUCCACUGACAUUUAUAUUGCGCAGUUAUAUUGUAUGGCGUAGAGGACGCCUAAAAGUUUAGGGAAUGUGUGAAAAUACCAUUGUAUUACAUAAGGGAUCCAGAUAAUUAUGACUUUCUGUCACAGUCACCUAUUCACACCUACUUUCGUCACUCGGCUACCAAAUGCGCUUACUCUUAAAAAGUAUUCUAUUGCCUAACUGUGACAAAGUUGGAACUAUUUGUCACAUUAUUGUAUCGUCUGAACAGUGAGUUAACUGCAAUACAUUUUAAUAGCAUUCCACUUGGUGCCAAUAGAUCACUGUGACUCAUCAUAAUGAGCGACAAGCCUAACACUCCAUUAAUAAGUAUUUUAAGAUGACAACAUCAUGACUUCUUCCGUAAAAUAUUCUGAUUAGUUAAAAAUUGAAAUGUGUUAUGAAUGAAUUGGAUUUUUGAAAUAUGUAGGUACAGUUAAAUGUUUAUAUAGUAGAGACUGGAUUUUCCGAGUACGAGAGUUUGACUAUUCACAAAAUCGUCUUGAUAAUAUUAUUAUGAUACAUAAAAUUAUACAAUUUUUAGAAUUCCGGGAUAUGUAGCAAUAAGAUAUCGACAUACCUAAAUGUCGAUUAUAAUUUAUAUGACAGAUCAACAUUUACCAGCUGGCCUAUUUUCUAUUUUGGUUUUUAUCAACCCAUCAAAAUAAAAAACAAAUCAAUUGACAAAAUGGCAUUCACUUUAUGAUACAAAUUACAAAUGUCAUCCGGUACUUACGGUAUAUAUUAUAUAGUAUGUAGAUGACACUUUGUUGUCCACUUCAAUAAGUUGAUAAAAAAGACCAAAAUAGUGAAUUAUUUAAGUAUGUAAAGAAAUAGCUUUUUUCAUAAGAACAUUAAUUUAUUUGAAAUACCAACAAUGGCGUAGCUACCCAGGGGCUAGGCGUUGCAAUGGCCGGGACCCUCAGGGGGCCCUUUAAACUCUUACCAGAAAAUCGCGAUAGAACUAAACUUGAAAAAUUUCGAUAACGAAAAAGAGCUGAUGAAUAUUUUUACUUGAUAAAACUUAACCAGUUAAAAUAGUGGGCCCAUUUUUUUAUUUGCACCAGGGCCUUUGGUUACCUAGCUACGCCACUGAACACCAACCAUUGAUAAAGUCAAAAUUUCAAUCAGGCUUAGUUUACAAGUACUUUUGAAACGUCAGGUUAAUGUUAUUAGAUAAUUAUCUACCUAUAAAGUUCAUUAUAUUUGCUUGCAGUUAAAUAUUAUAUAUUUAUAAAAUAGUAUGUAUUAUAUCAUAUAUUUAUUUGUCCGGUUAAUCGAAUCUCUACUAUAAUUAAACAUCAUCCGAUCUAAUUAUUGUGUCAUGAACAUGCAUUGUAAGUUUGCGUACCGCGAGACAAUCGGCGUCUGUUGGGAAACUGGGCCGGAUCGCGACAUGCGGCCCAGUGCGAUCCAGGCCACAUGAAUAUGCAUGCUGAAUGUUAAACAAUGCCUUUGCGAUAUGACAUGCGAGAGCGAUAUCAGGGGACAAGAAUGUCUAUCGUGGCUACGGUACAACCACUGUGAUACAUCAGAACGAUUUAUCUGCAUUUUUUAUAGCUGUGUAUUAAAGUUAAUUUUCUCAUGAAAUUAAUAUAAAUUUUGUAGUGUGAUAAUUUAUAACGACGUUUAUGCAUUUUGCACAGCUAAUAAAGAUUUUGAAAGUGGAAUAAUUUAAUUAAAAGAUGAGACUCGGUUGUUAAAUUUUACUUUACAUUAUCGACGGUGAUAAGGUAAAAAUGAGCAAGCGACAAAUUCAAAGUUUUGUGUCCAUAAGGACCGGCGCAUAUACUUACUAUUAAAUAAUUAUUGACAUUGCUGGCGUUCAAAUUAACUAAAUACUAACCUGUACACUUUUAAUAUGAUUCUUCUAUGGGGUCUUUUAAUGUCUUAUCUAAGUUUUUUGUAUAAGCGCUGUUAUAAGAUGACAAAAUAUAAUAUGUAUUUGCGGUCGUUGCGCUUGGACUGGACAUACUCGUAUUGUAUUAUCUGGUCAACCUGAGCAUGAUUUAAUAAGUUCCGGAUCAAGCUAUUUUCCAAACACCGACCUAUAGAUAUAUAGAUAUCUCAGCCUAAUCAGUGAUAAUGUCGAAAUCAUGUGUCAUAUCGCAAAAAUGUUGUUUGAUAGAGGCCUUGGGUGUCAAAGGACCUUAGAAUAAUGUUAGUUUUGAAUUCUUCGAACUCUAGAGGAUCUGAGAUCUAGGAAUAUAGUUGAUAGGGACGUUUACUUCAUUGUCGUCCACGUUCUUCCGUUUUCACCUUUAAUUUUAUCGAGACGUAUUAUAUUAAUUUGGUCUGAUGUUGAGAAUUUGUUUUGAUUAAAGUUAUAAAACAACUUGAACACUGCGAUAAAUUGUAAACAUUUUCUAGUCAUAUAUUUGCUGCAACCAUUUGCAAAUAAGUGAUUGUUAUAUAAUGAGUUUAAUGAUAUUAAUGUCAAAAUACUAUUUAGAUAUUAUUUUUUAAUCAAAUUAAAUUUAACCAGAAAGGAUUUUAAAAUUUUAAAUCCACCGGUUAUUUAAGGUGACAGGGUAAUUAAUUAAAAAUACUAACAGUAGUGGUUGCACAAAAAUAAUUUGAAAAAAAGACGAUUUUAUUUUAAAAUACUAAAAGUAUGGUAUGCUAACCGUAACAUGUAUAAUUUUUUUUUCUAUAUUAUAAUUUAAUACCGUUCUAGUAAAAUUAAUCCCAUUGAGUAGAUGAAUUUUUCUAUACUUUCCGAUGAUCGGAAAAAAUCGUGUUGGAUCUGAUCCGAUAUUUUUAUGCCAUUUCUAGAAAGUGUUUGUAGUCAUUUUAUAUAUGAAACUGCUAAGUAAAUUUUAUCUCCUUAGUGUAUUAUGGUAUGGUUAUUUAAGAUUUUAAUUAGAUCUUACCUACCUUUUUAUGUGUAAGCAUAUAUGUACUAGAUAAUAUACUCUACACUGUAUGGGCAAUGAUCGGGGUCCGAUUUUGAAUAUUGACAAUUCGUUGUAAAAUGAAUUACGCUGCCAAGUAAUUAAAAAAUAACAUUUUUUUGUUUCCAUAAAAAAUACUGCCCUACAUCAAAACUUAGUAACUGACAAAUUUAUUCAUAUUGAAGACCGAAGAAUAUAUUCUUACAAAUGUCACUACCAGGUUUUGACUUGGCGCAACAGUUUUUUGACAGCAAAAAAAAUUUUUGACGUCUAAGCUUAGGUAUUUUUUUUUUAUUUAGAUACCAUAGACAAGUGUCAGAAGAUAGGGCAUGUAUUAUAGAUGUAUUUUAACCAUAUUUGAAACUAUUGAGUAGCCACUGAUUUGUAUGAAAAAGCUAGACAAAUUGAAUGAGAAUUUCAUUGUAUGUAAAACAAACUGACACUUCCCGUUCUGAAAAAGGACUUGUCUAUCUUUCUUUUCUUCAUAUUUUCGUACUUUAAGUACGUUAAAAAUAUAUUUUUGCAAUAUAUUUAAUUAGGAAUUGAAUUAUCUCAAUGGAAUUCUUCUCGAAUAAUAAAAUAUAGACAUGUUUAUUUAUAUUUGUAUACUGUGCUGCUUAUAAUAUAUUACUGAUCUCCAGGACAACUAUGAGUUACCACUUCGUGGUAUAAAAACAUUUUAAGUAACAAAACUAUAUUUUAUUAAAACCUCUAUGAUUGCAAUGCAAACAUUUUACGUAAUUUUUUUUAUUAGUUGAAUAGGUUUACUCGUUUGGAAUUGUGAAAAUAUUCUAUUUUCGUAAUACAGGUAUGUAAUAAUAUCACCCGUUAUAUCUUGUGAGUCUCAAGUCUUCCGCCGAGAUACCAUUCGUUUUCCAUACAUUUAAGAUAUAUCUAUUGAUUUUUUGUUCAUUGUCGCUUCGGUAGUAGCCUUUAGGGAAGUUCCUACAGUUUGGCCAAAUGUUAAACAUAUUUUAAGUGAAUAGUAUGUACGUACUUUAUCUAUUAGCAAAUAGUAUAUCCCAUUAAAAUAGGUACGUAACGUAAUUGUUGUAAGUUGUAGCGUUUUAUUUUUGCGUAGCUGGUAGACAGUAAUGAGACUAAAACGCGGCAGAUCUAUCAUUUCCAUUGUUCUAUCUGUAUUUAAUUAUUAUGUAUGCCAAAAACUUAAUUAAAUUGAAUUUUAAUUUUAUAAUAUACCUACCUCCCUACAUUUUAUGUAUUUUUUCAAUAAUGACUAAAUAUGUACCUACUAUUUAAAUUAUCAAAAUUAUAAAAGAUUAAAUAAUCUCAACUUUAAAAAUCAAAAUGCGACGUUUGCUUACAAACGAGAAAGUACCUACACAGAUAGGUAGCACGUAUUAUUACAUAGGUAGGUAUGUACAUGGUUUAUAAUUAUUACUAAAGUUGGCAAUUUUUAUUAAUUACUCUUAUUUUUUGAUUAUAUAAUAUGGUUCUACUAUGGGUUCUUUUGUUAUAUCUAAGUUUUUUGUUGUAUAAGCGCUGUUUAUGAGAAGAUGACAAAAAAUAAUAUGUAUUAGGUAUGAUUGAUUAUGAUUGGACAUAGAUACUCGUAUUGUCUCGUGUCAAGGUAUUUUCCAAACACCGUACUAUAGUACCCCAGCAUUUUUUGAUUGCAUAUAAAAAAUUAACUAGCCAGCAGAUUGGAAUUGUAGUAAUCAUUGACGAAAGCUGCAUUAUUAUAAUGGUAUUAAUAUUUUUAAAAAGUAUCAAAAUACUUGGACCUUGCUCACGAGAUUACCGCCAUGUGGAAUCUUGAGUCAACUAUUAUUGUUCCGAUAGUCGUUUCAGUCAAUGGUCUUAUAGCGAAAAAGCUUCGACCAACACCUUAAGAAGCUUUCGCUUAACUGUUGGAUCAAAAAUCGGAUACAAAAGGCAGUGAUUCUUGAGACGGCGCGUAUUGUGAGGAGGUUCCUCACUCUGACCACCGAUUGCCUGGGCACUCAAAUAUCCCGCAGCGGGAGGGUUGUUUUUUUUUUUAUAAAUUUUUAAUAGUGUUUUGUAUUUUAUAUUUAUAUUGACAUUGUUAAAAAUUUAAAAAAAAAGAACUAAUAAAUGAAUGAGUGAGUUUUUAUUAAAUCUGUCUUCAUUGUAAUGUGAAUUUUAACUACUGGAUUGCAGCAUUUAGAUAUUUAUUUACUCGAACAAAGUAAAAUAAUUGUUGGUUGCGUCUAAAUGAGAAAAAAAAACAUAAUAGGUAAGGCUGCAUAUUCACCAAGGAUAUAUAAAUAAGGCUUAUGUAAACUCAUCCUGGUUCGUUUUAUUUUCAUAACUCUUUGAUGGUGUUUUCUAUAAUCAAGUGUUUGUUAUCAGACAUUUAGAAUAAAGAUUUUUUUGCCAAUUAUUUACUACUUCUAAAUUGGAAACUGAUGAAAAUAUGGCGAUCCUUUCUUUUACAUACAAACAGAAUUAUCUCUAUAUCUAAAAUACUCUUUGUAUGUAAUUUUUUUUCGAAAAGUACCUAUAUGUAUAUACCAAGUCUCAGGUUCGAUUUUCGCUUUCAAUGUGUUAUUAUGUAUUGGUAUGGUAGGGUACACUUAAAUAAAGUAGUUUGUUAGUACUUUAUGUUAACAACUACCUAUACAUUAAAUAUUUUUAGAGAAUUUUAAUCUAAAUGUAAAAUCUUCAGAGGAACUUGUUAUGUAAAUAAUAAAAAGAUACCUACACGAUUUAUCAUGUCAGUAACAUUGAAUUUGCUUUCUUUGUUGCGUGACAUGUGAUAAAUUUAUUUCCAGACUCAUCAUUUGAAUAUGUCUAUACAGGAUGCUCGGAAGUACCUAUUUCCCAUAACUUCGAGGUGUUGACGAGUCCACUUAUUGGAGCCGAACUGCUAAUCUAAUAUUUUUUUUUAAUUAAAAAAUAAAAACGAUUUAUGUUUUUAUACAAAAUAAUUCAAAUUAUAAAUAUAAAAUACCACACGCCUUUAUCUAUCCUUGCAUUUUAAAAAUAUACAUAAAACUUGGCUACGUAAUGUUGCGUAUAAGGGACACAUUUUAAGAUCUAAGUAUUUACAAAAGAAAUAUUUUUUACCCCGAAAAUAACAAUUUUGGAUCACAUGUUCCUUGAACAUCUUUAAUUAAUUUUCGGUAAAGAAUAUAACCAAAGUUAUGGGAAAUACUCCCCAGCACCCUGUAUAAAUUGUAGUAAAUUUUUAACUAGGUGAUUUCUUUUUUUCAAUCCUCUAUUUAUAAAAAUAUACAAAUUUUAGUCUUCUAGAUUUUUCCAAUAAAAUUAAUUUGCAUGUAUGUUUGUAGAAAUAAAUAAUAUCUGUAUCCAUUAAAUUCAAUGCAAUAGAGCCCAGUGAUUGUUCAUAGAUAUUAUUAUUUUAAGGAAAUUUAAAAUGUUAUUUCAUAAAAUGUUAACUCUGAUAAUGGACCCUGGUAUAGUUUUGUAGCGGUUUUUGGGGAUAAAAUAAACAUUUUCCUACAUUCAAA